AUGGCUGCCGCCGAGUCAUCAGAAAUGCCAGUCAAGCAAUCCCCCAACGACGACAAAGAAAUAGCACCGUUCGCCGAAAUAGCGCCAGAAGAGCCGCAUUCAAUAUUCACAACUAGCGAGAAGAGAUGGAUUAGCUAUGCUGCUUCCUUCGGCGCCAUGUUCUCCACCUUGAGCAGUUACAUCUACUUUCCAGCUUUAGCCCCUAUGGCCGUUGAUCUCAACGUCUCCAUUGCGCUCAUCAAUCUCACCGUCACCUCAUAUCUGAUCAUAGCGGGCAUCGCACCGGCCUUCAUGGGCGAUAUCGCCGAUCAAGGUGGUCGGAGGCCCGCAUACAUUCUUAUGUUCACUCUCGUCGUUGCGUCAAAUAUUGGAUUGGCGCUGCAGAAUUCGUACCCUGCUCUACUCAUUCUACGUAUGGUGCAAAGCGCUGGAGCAUCUGGUUCAUACGGCGCAGCAUAUGGGAUUGUUGCAGACAUAACAACAGUCGAUGAACGUGGGUCUUAUGUAGGGUCUAUGCUCGUUUUUACCAACGCUGCUCCAAGUUUUGGUCCGGUCAUCGCCGGUUUACUCACGGAGAACCUGAGUUGGAGAUGGAUAUUCUGGUUUCUGGUCAUAUUGACUGGCACUUACCUGCUCAUCAUCAUCACUCUACUUCCAGAGACACAACGUCGAAUUGUAGGGAAUGGAAGUUUAAAGGCCCACAGGAUUCAUAGAAGUCUGUUUGAUUCUCUCACCCGGGACCGAAAGAUCGACUCGGUAGGGCAAGUUCAAGGACUUCAGGACGGCAAGCGGCGAUACCACAUCCCCAACCCCUUCAAGUGCAUUGCGAUGUUGUUUUCCAAAGGCAACUUCAGCGUCAUUCUGAUAGGUUCUAUAACCUAUGCAGUCAAGAUGACAUUGCAAAGCUCACUGUCAGCUCAGUGCAUUGAUGUCUACAAGUUGAAUUAUCUAGAAGCAGGGCUCAUUUACCUACCUUCAGGGCUAGGAGGUGCGAUAGCAUCAUAUACGACAGGUAAACUUCUAGACAAAAACAUCCAGAGGGUAUCCAAGAGGCAAGGAAGAGACAGCCGAUAUCGUCGAGGCGAUGACAUAUCGGACUUUCCAAUCGAAGAGACACGGCUUGCCGGGAUCUACAUGCUAGUUGCUCUAAGCUCAGUUACCACCGCAGGCUACGGAGUCAGUCUUAUGCAAGAAUCGCACAUUGCCGUUCCUUUGGUGAUGCAAUUCAUCAGCGGUGCCACCACCUCGAGUAUAUUCACAGUCAGUACAAAUUUUCAAGUCAACUACCAUGUUUCACAGUUCCUAAUUCAUCGCCUUCAGAUUUGCGGCACCCUUUUGACGGAUUUGAACCCUAGGGCCUCAGCAACAGUCCAGGCGUCGUACAACCUUGUACGGUGCAUUGGAGCGGGCGCCGCCAUCGCGGCUCAGCAACCCUUGACAAACGCCACGAGCUUAGGCUGGAGCUUUGGUAUAUUUUCACUAAUUAUGUUAUUGCCAGCCCCGUUGGCCCUGCUGCUCAAGAAAAAGGGUGUCGGAUGGAGGGUAUCAACGAAGACCUGA